UUCUACAAUGUAGAAAACAGUAAAAAUGAAGAAACUCUUGAAUGAGUAGGUGUUCUAAAACUUUUGACCGGUAGUGUUUAUGUUGUUUUUCAACGGAAUUUCAAGGAACAAGGGAACGUUUCUUAAACUUACAGAAGGCAGAACAUUUACUGCACUAUUCUGUUUUAAUGUAUUUCUAAUACCUUUUAAAAACCUUUUCUGGAAGAUGUGUUCUAAGACCCCUUUUCCACCCAUUUGACCAGAAAUCAAAGACUUUACUUAUUCCACAUUUACAAAAGUGUAUAUGCUUUCAUUUUAUAAAAAUAUAUAGACUAGCUUUCAUUUGAUACCCAAUUUGAUAUACUCCUGUGAACUUCACGUUGGUACUCAUGGGUCCUUUUACAUGGAAAUGACCUAACCUCAAUCAAUUAAAUAUUUGAACAAUUUGUAACUUCAAUUGAUUAAAUAUCUAACUAUAUUUAAUAUAUAUACAACAAGAGAAAGAGAGAUAAUCACACUAUUCCUAUAAAUUAGUGGCCAGUAGUCUUAAUCUGCUGAGCAGGAGGUUUGACUGACUGGACCACACUGGAGCUAGCUUAAUUUCUACAUGGGGUCCUGCUGUGCUACUGUGGUUUUGCUGGACCCCCCAGUCCUCUCAGUUUGGCUGAUGGUUCGAAUGUCAGAGUGCCAGGGAAGUCAGCUUGAGUGAGAUUUGUGUGAAACAUGAUCCCAGAUUCUCAGUCUAUUCAACCAGCCUUUUUCUCCACUUUUUGGGGUAGAUUAUGAGGGCCGCUCUGCAUCCUAGCUGAAGCCUGCCGGUGUGAAAUCCCAUUUCCUCUGGUGCAACGUGCCAUGACUAAGACCUUCUCCACAUAAGGGACUUCUACAGGAGAGAGGGGGGAAAGAGAAGAGAAGGUGUGCAAGGGCAGAGGGGGAGAAGAGAGAGAUGAAGAGAGUCAGGAGAAAAGAGAGGAAGAGGACGGAGAAAGGUAAAAAGGGAGAGUGAGAGAAGUAAAGAAAUGAUCACUGGAGAGAACACAGGAGAGCAAGUGUGUGUUUAAGAGAGCAAGUGGAGAGGUGUCUAAGGUGCCUGAACAGGAGGAUGGUUAACAGUUGCAACUAGUUUUAUUAUUAUUAUUUUGUAUUAUUUAAAGCAAAGGUGAAUGGCUUUGUAUAGUGCCAGAGUCCCAAAAAUCAGAAAAAUUUUCAUUUUAAUAAAUUAGAAAAAAUUUAUAAACUUCAAAUUACUUCAAUAAAUAUGUUAAACUCAAGGAUAAACUUAAUCCUUGCACUGCGUUUGUAAGGAGUGCAUACUGGCGGCAGAGAAGUCAGACUCAGGAGAACAAAAACUGCGUUUCCAAACGGCGCAGUUUAAUAACAAAAACCCAAACAGGACAAUCAAAUAAUGGGUACAUAACCCGACGCACACCAGGACAGACGUGCACAAGCACUUACAAUAAACAAUCACCAACAAGGACAUGAGGGGGAACAGAGGGUUAAAUACACAACAAGUAAUUGAUGGGAUUGGAACCAGGUGUGAUGGAAGACAAGACAAAACCAAAGGAAAAUGAAAAGAGGAUCAGCAAUGGCUAGAAGGUCGGUGACUUCGACCGCCGAACGCCGCCCAAACAAGGAGAGUGACCAACUUCAGCGUAAGUGGUGACAGCGUUAGACUAGCCUAGCUGGGCCGCAGCCCAGCCUGUCCUCUUGGCACUCCAGUUCUAACUGGGCCUGCUUGGUCAGUCAGCCUCUUGUAACAAUCUCUUGUGAACUGACAGAACAAACAGUUGGGUUACUAGCUUGAUUAUUGUUCUAGAUGAUGGAUGUGUAAACAUAAAGUUAAUCAAAAUUUGAAUUUUGUUCCACUAUGCAGGACAUUCUGAACAACCUGGACAACCUGGAGCCAGCUGACCUGGAUGAUGACGACCUCCUGCUGGAUGUGCACCUCACUGAGGAAGGCUCUCUACACAAUGACGCUAACGGGAUGUCCCAUUUUGAACGCUCAGAGAAGGGGGGACGACAAGGUCACUGGAGGAGAAGGCAGCAUCACUGGAAUGGACCGGAUCACUUCCACAAUGACAACAGGGGUCCAGUGUUCCAGCAGUAUGAUGGUUAUGCUGGCCCUGUGGGGUUCAGGGUAGACCCCCGGCCUUUUCCUCCUGUAGGGAGACACAAUGGACACACGGGGGUGCUGGACGAGCUCACACUCAAACAUAUGGCCCAGGACUGCAGCUCAGUGAAAAACCAGCUGCUUACACUCAAGAGUUUAUUACAGAUGGAGGACGGUGGCCCAGAGGUUGAGGGUGGUGAAGAGGAUAACAGCAUGACCCUACAGUUGGAGGAGCUAAUGAAGGAGGUGUGGAAGCUCAGGGAGGAACUGAGGAAUAAGGAGAGGACAAUCGCUCAGCUCACACAACAGCAACAGCAGCUACAGCAACAGGGGCCUGCUCAUGCUGCCCAGUCCGGGAGGUGUCACUGCCACCAGAGGACACCGUCACUCGGGGGGGACAGACGAACGCACCACGACAAAGCCACACAGACCUCAUGGAGAGGACAAGGACACAGCCAAGCCCCACAAAUACAGCCUUCCAGCCCCAGCCACCACGAGCACCUCACCCAAGAAAGACUAGUAAAAACAGCCCACACCGAGGGCCACAGUGACCCCCAGAGAGGGAGGAGGACCAGGGGAGAUGGAUCCCACUGCACAGACUCUGAACCACCCGCUGGAAGCCCGGCCAUGGGUGUGGACACUCCACCAGUGCCUGACCCAGAUGAAUUGAGUGUGCUGCUUAGCACCCAGCUCAACAUCCAUGUCAGAGAGGGGCCUGGAACCACCCCCAGUCCCACCCAGGGGCUUGCUGAAGCCAGCAGCCCAACCCCAGGAGCUCUGUCCAGGCCAGAGGGAGGGCAGCGAGCCUCCCCACAGGGCCCUGGCUGCCCUCGAAUCCUGCAGCCGCCACGCCUCCACAAGCGUGUGUCCAUCCCGGCUCUGCCUCAGGGGGGCACUAAUGGCUCUCUUCUUCGAUCGGGCUCUUCAGCGCUGCUGGCCAACCACAGGACCAAGCAGCUGCCGCCUCCCUCCAGGGGCCUGACCUGCUUCAACUCUGAUCCCCAGGCUGUGAGCCCGUCUCUGGACCACGGGGUGCUCGCUAAGCCCCGCGCUCUGGGGGUCAGGAGGGACCUUGGGAGAACCAGCCCUCCUAGCCCUAGUCUGGAAAUGCCAGACCUGGGACUGCUCAGAGCCAGAGUCCUGGUUCCCCCCAGCCUCUCAUGCAUCCCCAUGCCAAAGAUCCACUGAAGAGUUCACAUAAUCAAACAUGACAUGUUAUAUACUGUAUAACAUCCCUCCUCUUCCACCUCCUCAUGGUUCCUGCUCACCAUGUGUGUGUCCAUAUGUGCGUGUGCCCACAGCUCCUUAUGGACAUUCAGGAACUGCCCUUAACUAUUGUUUGAACUUCUGCUGAACUGAACAGAAUAUGUAGCAUAGUCGUGUCUUAAAAUUUACAAAAUGUAAAGGUACAGUGCACAUCUAUUCAAAAUGGCUCCCACAGGUUAUGACUGAGAUAUACUGAAGGACUGUUUUAUCCUUUAUAAAAUGUCCAGUCACUUGC